UUUCAAAGUCAACUCGCCUGUAAUCUCGUACAUCGCAGGACUUCAUUGUCAACAGGACUGGGAAUCCUCACACUCUGUGCAUUGCAGAGCCCGUGUAGGUGGUGCUUGGUAACUCUGCUUGCUCUCAAAGUGCCGCAGCGCGCCCUCCACAAACGUCAUGGACGUUCCCUUCGCUGCAGAUGUCCUUGAUGUGGAUCUACUUCAGAGUGCUGUGCCGGAAUCCGACCGUCAAAUCGCGGUAGCGGCUCUUGUUUCCGGCAAGGUCUGCCUGAUUGACUAUUCGGAUCUGCAUCGCUCGGGCAGCAGCGGGACAAAGGUUGGCGAGCGCAACCACGUGGAAGAUUCCGGACGGCCUGGGCACGAUGCUGCGGCGGCGGGGAAGAGAAAACGGUCUGUGAACAGGUCGGACGAGCGUAAUACUUCUCGACUGUACUCAAAAGCUUGGACUGUCAAGUCUGGCAGCAAGAGCUGUCGUGCUGCACGAUUCAGCGUAGAUGGAACCUCAGUGUUUGCCAUCGCCAAAGAUAUGAGCAUCUCUCGAAUCGAUGUCCAGACCGGGUCCGUGCUACAGGAAUGGAAAAAGGCACAUGACGCCGCGCCUUCUUGCAUCCUCCCUAUCUCGUCCACAAUGUUCGCUACAGGAGACGAUGAUGGCGUGGUAAAAAUGUGGGACGCACGCGUGCCAACAUCUUCUUUGCACAGCGGCAUCGGCAAUGCGGGCAGCCGGUCAAGUGUCCAUAGCUGGUCACAUCACUCGGACUGGGUGACAGACAUGAUGUGGAGAUCUCACCUGAGAGCCCCCAUGAAGCUGCGCAAAGAUUCCAAACACAAGGCUCCUCCCCAGGACGAGGAAAUACCUUCGGAGUCCAGAAGCCGCUUAAUAUGUGUCGGUGGCGACGGAAUUCUCUCGGUCAUCGAUCCGCGAGCCGGAAAGAAAGGUGUGGAGUGCAGCGCAGAUCAAGAGGACGAACUUCUAUCCGUUCGAGCAAUAAAAGGCGGUGACAAGAUUGUCGUUGGCACGUCACUAGGCCCGCUGAGCAUAUGGGCCCCAAGCAAAGGCUUACUGGACCACGUCGAUCGUCUGGCAGGUCAUCCUGCCAGUGUCGAUUCUCUUGAUGUGCUCGAUGAAGACACUGUCCUCACCGGUUCCAGCGAUGGGUUGGUUCGCGUCGUACAAAUUUAUCCACACAAGCUGCUGGGUGUCGCCGCGGACCACGAGGGGUUUCCUGUUGAGCGUGCUUUACACGCUGGAGAUUGGCUCGCAAGCAUCGGGCACGAAAACUUUAUACGCUUCACGAGCCUCAAGGACCUUCUAGAUGGCAGCGAGGAUGAAGGGACCGAUGAGGAUGCUGAAGUGCAGGGCUCAGGAGAUGCAGCAUCAUCUUCAGGAGCCUCGGAUGACUCAGAUGCGGAGGUAUCGAAAUCGGCAAAGAAAGAAGCACGCGUCACAGCAACACUGAAACAGGCAUCGAUGCCAGAGGCAUCAAGUAAUUUUUUUGACGAUCUAUAAAGGUGUUUUGUGGACACAGCAGCCACUUCUAAUGCAUAUCUAUCAAUC